AGGACUUAAACGUUCCCAUGAUAUAAUGACUGGAACAAGAAGAUUUCUCUGAGAAAAUAGUAUAUACAGGAAAGGCAAGAAGGAAAAGCAAAGAAAUAAAACAAAAGGGGGACAAGAGUUCCCAACUGCCGCUGUGAUGGGAACUCUUCCAUAUUUACUACAUAAAGGUCUUAAGGUUUGGUAUCAUGUCCUAUUUCUUCAUAACUUCAAUUUGAAGUAUAAAGUAGAAGUGACAAGAUUGGUACUAAGUACUAACCAUGAUAAAUGAAUUCCAUUAAUCGCCAAAAAAAGGUUUCUUCUUGUGAUUGUAGGUGACAAAUCACCACCAGAAGGCAAUAAGGAAUUGAAGUGGAAUUCUUGUGCUGCCUUUUAACUUUGUCUUUACCCCAAAGGAUUGAAAGGCCUGUAUUUUCAAUACGGUGCAAAGGCCUCCAUCACACAAAGCAAGUCAUUUUCAAUAUCAUUUCAAGCAAAGAAUUUAUCAACAGUUGCUUAUAUUUCUAUACCUCAUAAAGCCAUUCACUUGACUCCACUCUAACAAUAGUCUUGAAGGAAUGGGAGUCUUCUAUCAUGAAGAGCCUCCAAAUCCUUCUCGGAGAUGCAAGUUCCUCCGGGAAACUCUGAAGGACGCAUUUUCCAAUUGCAGCACCUUUGCUGGACGUCUCUCCACUUCAAACCCAGAGGAAGAAGAGGAGGACUGCCCAACAAGUGAUUUCAAUGAUGAUGAGGAAGUGGUUCUUUCGGUGAUUCGAAGCAGAGCCAUGAAGAAGGUGAAAUCUAAGCACUACUUUGCAACAGAUAGCUUUAACUGGGUGUUCUCUCCAAAGACUGGAGAACUGUUCAUAACACCCAAGACAUUGCAGCAAAGCGAGGACACUGAUAAAAAUGAUGAAAAAGAAGAAUUCUUCUCUGUUGGCAGUUGCAUCUCUUGCUGUUCAAGUUCUGUUGGUAAAGAAGCAUUCCUCUCUGCCAGAAGCAACUUCUCUCGCUGUUCGAGCUUUAAGGGGUUUGACAUCCCAGAUCAUCGGAUUCGGAGGCACUCCAUACUCCAAGAAUUCUGUCACUGCGAAGGGUGGCCAUUUGGUCUAUGCAGGAAGGCUGUUUUACUUCCACCUCUACCCAAAUCCCCUGCUGAAUCUUGGUCAUGGCGUAAGGGCACUAGGGUAGUCAAGAUGCACUAUGUUUAGUGCCUCUACAGGUUUCAUUUCCAGUCCAUAAAGGCAACAAAAAAGAGUAAUGAAUAAAGAGUUCAACAGUAAAUUUUGUCCCCCUCUUUCAGAAGAAUAGCUUUUCUUUUUCUUUUCUUUUUCCCAAGAAAAACCUCCCAUAAGGAGCCAAACAAAGACAAAGCACAUAUAAAAUCAUCUUCCUGCCAAUACCAAGUACCUGGUCUUGCACUGCUUACUUAUGCA